AUGAAACUAUUAAUAUUAGCAAUCUCUCCCUUUAUCUUCAAUAGUAGCAGAUUGACUGCAGAUAUUUAUGUUGAAUCACUUUGCCUUUAUUGUAUGAUAUUUAUUAAAGAUUCUUACAAUGCUAUUACAACUCCAGACAUUGAGAAAAUGGUACCUAUAAAAUUGAUUCCAUAUGGAAAUUCUAAGAGAUAAGUUGUUGAUGGAAAAUGGGUACUUACUUGUCAACAUGGAGAAUAAGAUGGUUAUGGAGAUUUGAUUGAAUUAUAUGCUUAAGAUAGUAUUCAGCAAGCAUUUAGUAUAGUUGCAGCAGAAGUUCCAAUAGCAGGAGUUGUCCAUUUUUUUCGAAAAUUUUAUUUAAAAACCUUAUACAAAUAAUUCAUUUAUUUAAACUACACAUCACUGCGAAUAAUAUUUUCCUUAUGA